CUGAUUGCACAAACGAACAGCGCGGACGCCCAGUUACUGUUGCUUGAGUUAGUCUUUUUGAAGCCAAAUGUCUCUGAGGACGAGCUUAGGAGGUGUCUCUUCCACGCCAUCGCCAUACAGUCACCUGUGCAGGAGCUAGUUCAACAUGUCGAAGCGCUCUGCUUUGAAGACGGGACUAUGAUGCCUGGCGACACGCCACCCCUGACGAAGACCCGGAAGCGAGCGUGUCUGUCACUUGGAGCGAUGGUUGAGUCCAUGCACAACAGUAACCUGAGCGAGUCUGACCGCAUCGUGGAGAGAAUCGAAAACUGGUUGGACUAUCACAAUGAGAGUAGAUCUAAGGUAAUCGUGAGACCAAGACGAAAGCGGUCAAUCUUUGAAAUUGAUUUACCUGCGAAAACGCACAGAGAAACUAAGACGAUUCUUAUCCAGUCGCUAGGUAACGCCGGGAAGAAACGUUCACUGCGUCACAUCCGGUCCUACAUGGAACCGAACGUCGGUGUUACGGUGUGGAGAAGGGCAGCCAUUCAUAGUAUGAGGCACUUCACCUGCAAUGAAAGCGCCGAUGCCUUGGUGAAAAGUGUUAUCCACGACGGCGACGAGGUUGUUAGGCAAACCGCACACGCUGUGCUGACCAAACACCCGAAGGCAACCGACAAACAUUUCAUUCUGCAACAGGAGCCGGAAAUAAUCAGUAAAAACUACAUAUACCCGACCGUAAGCCGAGCAAGGAGAAGCUUUUUGAAGAUUUUGAAGGACGGGAUCCAUUUGAAACUUGAGCCUCCUGGCGUUCAUUGGGAAAAAAAUCUGGGUAGCAAAGCCAUCGGAGCCAGCUUCGGGCUUAUCUUGAGAAACUUGCUCGACCUUAAACUCUCGGUGUUGAGUGGUCAUUUCAUAGUUGACGUGCAUGACGCUGCCUGGGCCAAGGUUCAUGUGGGGAUGAUCGGGUUAAAGGUGGAUAUAGUCGACAUUUCGGUUUGCUUUAAGGGACAUAUUGCAUACGACUUGAACGUGCUUAAGGAUUUCGGAAUAAAUAGCCUUUCAGACUUGGUUCACAUUUUCGACAAAAUCUACGCCAAGAUUGUUGAUCCUAUCAAAAAUGCUGUGAUAAAAUUCAGACAACUUAUCACCAUGUUCAAAGAUGGGAAAAGCCUAAAGCAAACUGUUAAUGCCUUAGUCGAUAUCGUGAAGCACCUACCAACGAAGUUGGGCGAUGUUGCUGCCAGAAUGAAGGACUUUGUGAGGGAGUUGUUCAGUAUUAGCGGCAACUCAGUCAUUGAUGAAAUCAAGGCCAUCGUGAAGGAACUCAGGGAUUUCAUUUUUGGAAUUUCCCAGGACGUUUUGAAGUUUUACAAUGACGUUGUUGAUUCUGUAACAAUUGCUCUCCCGUACGUCGCCAUGAAAAUAACUGACGCAUUUAACUCAAUUGCGCAGGCGGUUGUGAAGCUCUUCAACAACCCAAUGCAAGCCAUCACUAGCAUGUCAUCGGCCAUGACUGAUAUUAAAAUGGCGAUCACAAUUAUGGUGGAUGUUAAAACUAGAUUGCUGGAUGCCUGUAUGUUCAUGAAAGGAAGGGCCACUGAAUGGGUAUCUACGGCAAAAAGAAUUCCAUCGAUUCUACAACGUCUGAAUGAAGUUUUUAAGAAACUGACAAAUACAAUAAAGGACCGUGCGAAUGCAAUUGGGAAAGAAACGAAAUCUCUAGUUAGUGACGGUGUCAAUCAAGUGAAAGGGUCAUUGCACGAUGUUCAAAACAGCCUCCAAGCUAAAUGGGAUUCCGUUUUGGAGCCACUUAAACCACUGACUGACUUUGUGAUACCCUUCGUAGAAAUAUUCAAAUCCAUCAUGGUUGCAGUACAGUGCUUUAAAAGCGGAUACCAAAAUAUGACAGAGACGAUCGACACAAGCAAAUCUCUUGUGCAGAAGGUGUUCGGACCGAAAUUUCACCGCAAAUUUCCAACAACCCGUAUUAAACAAUUUGACGAUUGUCCUGCUGGUGUCUGGCCAACUACAUCUAACGGCGCGUACGAAACUACUGGGGUCAACCUGAAACUUGGCGUGGGACAAUCGAUACAGAUGCCAGUCAACGGAAUAUUGAAAAUACUCAGAGACGAAAGAAAAGUUGUAAUUCAACCAAAAGACCCUGAAUUUGUUGGUUUAGAAAUCGUUAUUGAGAACAUCGACGCUGACCCAUCAAAUCACGAUAAAAGUGUCGAUGCGGGUAAAAAGAUCGGUACAGCUACAACUGCUCGUCGGUGCAAAUUGCAAAAAAUAGACAUCAAUGAAGCUCAACCUUUGACAAAAAGCGACUGGCUGCCAACCAAAGCGUCACGGUCAAAGAACUACAUUCACGUAUCCGUCCGUCCGGUCAAGGGAAUGGAUACACUUCCGGACGCUGAAUACGAUUACGCUGACCCUUCUCCGUAUCUUGACAGACUCGUCCCUAUUCCGAAAUGGAUACAGGACUGUAACGACCACCACUUUAGCUUUCUUGGGAAGACCUUUGAAGGCGGUGAGGAAGAGGAAGGUAAAGAACAGAAGGAUGACCCAAUAAUAAGAAAUCGGGAACCAGACCCGGACAGGUUUAAUAAAAUGCUAGGGGACGAGGACUCGACUUACAGACCUGAUGACCCGGAACUGUAUGACUCUUCGUCCUUUAAGGACAGUCUGAUGAAAAGUUUGAAGGAACAAAGCAAACAAUUCACAGAAGUCUUUAAGACGGCGCUGUUUGGCAAGAAUGGUCCUAAAGUACCAAACUUCCUUGAGAUAGUUGAUGUAAACAGUAAAACGGUGGAUUGGAUCAUAAACAAGUUGAAUAAAACGUCAGAAAUUUGCAAGAAGUUCAUCGGCAUUGUACACCAACUGGCCUUUGCGAAACAGUCUGACCCAUUCGAGGCAGUCUCAACGAUGACACCGUACACAAUGCUUACGUACCUAAAAAAUAAUGAUGCAGGCUUUAAGUUCGGUGGGUCAAGCGAUGGUCCAUCAGAAAUAAGAACGCGUGGUGAUACGUUGAAAUUUGGCGAUCCGGGCCAAAUGAUACUAAGCAUGGCAUAUUUACCAGAGAAAUUUUGUCCUGCAUUUAGGGAUAAAAUUGCUAAAGGAUUCGGUCAUAUAUGUUUUGUCAAUGGCGAUUGCCUGGGUCUACGUUGUAAUGUACCAUUUUCGUCUGGUGUAAACACUACACAAAUAUAUGCGUCAUUCAGAUUCAAACCUUCAGACACGGCAAUCGUCUUAAAAAUAAUGAACAGAAUAUAUACACUUCGAACGGAAGGUACCGACGUGAACAAAGAUCUUCAUACAAAGUUGUUUGGAAUGAAUCUUUUCUUUUUGGGCCAUGUCCGAUUAAAAGAAGGCACGGUUCACCUCACGGCCGAAUUCAAACUAUGUGCGGACCUCUUUGUUUCAUGUCUUCCACCGGUUGAACUGUUCCUUGACAUACCGUUUAUCCCAAAUAGCAUAAGACGUAAACGAGCUUCUGGAGUACUGUUGGACAUUGGAAUUCGGCAACUUUCUUUGCCAAUGUUUAUGAUGCAGCUCAAUGAGUUUGGAUCAAUGAACAGGGAAGUGACACAAACAAUGGAACAAGUCAGACAGACAGUCAUUAAUGAGUUGAUGAAGGACCCAAAGGCUAAACUUGCAGAAGAAGCCACAGAGUUUUCCAAUAAAAUAGAUUUCUGUAUGAGCGCUAACAUUCCUGUUCCUCCGUAUGACUUCGAGUUCUUCAACAUCAAUCACAUAUUCAUGGCAGGCUUCGUUCCAUUAUCACUUGGGUUUGGGGCAGGUGGUUCUGUUGGUAUAGGGGUGAAACUCGGCUUUUGUGUUGUCAGUAUGACAACUCAACUAACCCUGACGCCGUGGGUAGGAGGAAAAAUUUGGGGUCAAGCAGCUGUUGACCUCUUUCUGAUCCGCGCCGGUAUUCGUCUGGUCGGCUACAUUAUGGAGACAAAAUUUCCAUUGUUGACAGAGUUGGUCUUUUCCAAGUUUCCUAUUGACGUUGGAGUCAAAAUGGAUAUGAUUCUUACACCAUUAAGACUUGAGCUUGAGGUAUUUGUAGAAUCUGCUCCUUUUGGAUCGAAGCCAUGGACCAUAUUUAAGGGGACUAUUUGGAAGUACGCCGUUCCUUCAAUUAAAAAGAAUAUUUUCCAUAAGAAGAAAGGAGACGAUGACCCGUCUCCUCCUGAUAUAAAGCCUUUAACUAUUAAUGAACGCAGAAAACGUUCCGGUUCGAAAGGCUGCCUGGUCCAGCAGAUUUACAACCGCCCGCACUAUGAUCCAGCGUUCAGGUUAGAAAUGUACGCACAGGACGAGGUCAGUGAAACUAAACUGUUUUACGCAAUUGGUACCGACAAGGGAGGAACGGACUUGCAGGACUGGACUGACAUGGGAGGUAACUCUUUGAUGGUUCCAGCCAAGCUCCCGGGCGGUAUUCCUAUAUACUGGUCGGUAAAAGCUAAGAACAGCCAAGGCCUUGAAGCUAUCGCACAAUGUUCAUUACACACCUAUGACAGUACAUUAAGCGACGGGAGAGUAGAACAUGCUUACAAAUAUUCUUCCCAUCCUAAAAAGAUGGUCGCUUCAGUUGUAGCUUUCGAUGACAGUCCGCUGAAGGAAAUACAUUACAAAGCAAUCGGAUUUAGUCCGGGAAAGUAUGGUUCCCAGUUUGUUGGGUGGGAAAAGUUACGCCUUGACCAUUCAUCACCGAGAAAAGGCAUUUCAGGUCAGCUGAAGUAUUUCACUUAUCCCAGGGAGGGAAAGCUCGUUGCCAACAUUCUGAAAACAACGAAUGUACGGACACCAGAGCUAUGUGCCCAUGCUUGCCUAUCGUACGGAUACAACUGCAUUUCAUUUGAUUAUGAAUAUCAUUCGGAAACAUGUGACAUGCAUGAUGUCGUUGAAGGGGCAAAUGUUUAUUUGAGGAUCAGCGGCACUUACAGCAACUAUGAACGUCUAGGUAUUGGGUACCACGUGACGCUAGAGUACGAUAACCUACCAUUGUCACAUGGUUCGCAGUAUUUCGUUAAUGUUCAAGUUAACAACGUUCUGAACUACCAAGCCUUCAUACUUGGCGAGGGAACCUUAAUAGAUUUUACUCCACCAGAACCAGGUCUGGUCUUGAAUAACAAGACUGACUACUUAAAAGCGGACCGGUGCAAAGCAUCUGUAGCACAGCGCUGCAACGAAGUGACAUGGAAAGUAAACCACAGAACUAUCAUUGACGGUCCUGGAUCCAGAACAGUGUUUAACGGACACGAGCCACUCAAAGAUGAUCUAUAUACCCUUACAAAUCACUACGUAACAGCUAACUGGAAUGGCUUUCAUGAUGAUGAAAGUGGUAUUUGGGGAUAUACAUGGGCUGUAGGAAGAAACACCUGUAGUGCAGAUUUGAUUCAAUUUAAUGAUCCGUAUGCUCAUCUGACGAACAAAAAGUUCUGGACAGAUUCAGCGUUUCAGAAGGGCGUACAUCUUUCCGAUGGCAUAUACUAUGUCACUCUUCAAGCCCUUAACGGUGCAGACUUGGGUGGAUCGUUAGUUACAACAGUUUGUCAUUCUACUCCUUUCGUCGUCGACACUACACCGCCAGUGUUCAACAAAGUUACAGACAUUAUAUAUGAUGAAGACUUUGACUUGAUUGCAAUCUAUUACAAUGCUACCGAUGAACUAAGUAAAACAGCCCACGCCGAGUUCGGCCUUGGGAAAACAAAGUAUGAUGUUCAACUGAAGGCUUACGGUCUGCAUGCACCUAUGGAACGAGAGGACCCGUUUGUUGCAGUGGAGGAUUUAGGAUUGCAAGAGGGCGUUCUUGCUUGGAUCAGGAUCAGAGUCACAAAUAAUGUUGAAUUGUUCACUGGAGGUCAUGGCAAGGAACCAAUUUUAAUUGACAAGUCACCGCCAAUACCUGGUCAUAUUAUGGACGGGGAUCAUUUUCGCAGGGACAGACAGUUUCAAGCAGAUAACGACACAAUCUGUGCACAGUGGAUUGAUUUUUACGACCCAGAGUCUGGUAUUGACAGGUUUGUAUGGGGUGUGGGCACAUCACCACAGAAGGAUGACGUUGUAAUAUUUCACAAUCUCACACGUUACGACAAGUCCAGUUGUUACCUGGCCUAUUUACAACACAACCACACGUAUUACUCCACAGUGUUAGCUUACAACAAUGCUCUGAAUUCAAAAGCAUCUAACAGCUCUUCAGAUGGAGUACUCGUUGACAUAACACCGCCAAUAGCAGGGACAGUCGCGGAUGGCAGAAAAGGAUACCCAGAGCAGGAAUACAGUUCAGAAACGGUGUCGAAAUAUGCAAAAUGGCAUGGUUUUUAUGAUCCUGAAAGUGGUAUACAAAACUACAGGUUAGACGUGUUUAUAAACAAUGAACACAAAAAAACGUUUGAAACUGCGACUGAAGAGCAAUUUGAAGACCAUACUAUUUCAAUGGAACACAGAGACAAAGUAAACUUUAAAGUUCACGGAGUGAAUGGUGCUGAGCUGGAGGUAGAUGCAGAUAGCGAUGGUUUCCUAGUUGACCUUACCCCACCCAUUAUGACAGAAAUUUCGAAUCUCGACAAUGGGCAAAUUUACCAAAGUGAUAAUUCGAAACUUAGUUUGACGUGGAAUUACCAAGACGAGGAAUCUGGCAUUGAACUAUACAGGGUCACUAUAUUCGAGAGUAAAUAUGGCUUAAAACAAAAAUACUGGCCAGAAGAGAAGAAGUACAAUGAAACAAAACCAGCAUCGGCCUUUGAUGGACGAAUGCACGUGCUUCUAGGUAACCUUUCGUUAGAAGAUGGGUCGAAGUAUUCAUUGCAGGUCUCUGCUUUAAAUGGUGCGAAAUUAUCAACUUCUCACGAGACAAACGGAUGUAUCAUCGAUACAACUUUUCCCGAACAGCCAAAUGUUCAUAUCGGUUUACCUAAAGAUGACGAAGAUCUUGAUGACGAAGGUAACAUUGUUCACAGUGAUCAGAACGGAAUCCGCGCAAGCUGGAGCAGUCGUGACCCACAAAGUGGUAUUCAGAGGUAUUUUGUUGCGGUAGGGAUAGAGUCGUCCUCGGAAUCACUUUUACAGUUUACCGAUUUUGGAGGGCAGACAACUGCAUAUAUCAACAACAUAUUCUUCCAUCCCUCCUUUACAAAUGGUACAUCACCAAUCCUCUACAAAGUUUCUGUAAAAGCUAUGAAUAGGGCUGGUUUGACAUCUGCACCUGGGGAGUCGAAACCCAUAUUCAUGCAUAAAGCAAAUGUUCCUGGCAUUGUUUUUGAUGGAAGAGAUCUGUACAACGAUGAGGCAUUUACAAUCGAUCACACGUCAAUUGCCGCGUCUUUCUACGGAUUUGGAAGUGAAGAAUGCGAUAUAAUUGGCUACGACUGGGCUAUAGGAACGACAGAGUUUGGAACGGACGUACUAUCAUACACUGAUUAUGGUUUAGUUAUGAAUAACAAAACCCACGGACAGUGCCAGAUUCAUACCGAACUGUUUGAAGACCUCACAUAUUACAUUUCUGUACGCGCAGUUUUAGGAUGUCACAAAGAAUAUGUUGUAUCAUGCUCAGACGGAAUAACAUUAGAUCGUAUUGCCCCAGCUAUAACAUUUGAAGCUAACAAUGAAACGGCGGUAACGUGUAUCAAAAAUAUGAUAUAUCAAUCAUCAACAAACUCUCUUGGCAUCACUGGCAUCACAACGGAUAAAAAUGGCAUUUUUUCAGUGGAGUGGAGUCUUGGGACAGUUUCUGCCCUUGAUGACAAACAUCCAUUUACUGGCGAUUUAUCUGCACUUACAAGUGUUGCAGCACUCGUUCCCGGCGAGGCAGUGUUUUUAACGGCACACGCUGUUGAUAAUGCUGGAAACGAAAAUGUGGCAUCGUCUAUGGCGAUUAUUGCUGAUAUUACAUCUCCAGAAAUUAAGAAUUUUGACUGCACGUAUUAUAUCUCCACCCGUAAAAGCUUAGUAACCUGCAACUGGCUUACAGUGAUUGAGGAGGAAAGUUUAAUAAAUCAUAUUGAACUAUCAAUGGGUUCCAACAUCUCAAACAGUGACAUACUUGACAGUUACGUUAUUCAUAGAAGCGCUUACAGCUUCACAAAAGAUUUGUUUCAUCAAAUUAACCAAAUGCCAAGUAUGAACUAUAUUAAUAUUUUGAUAACUGUCAGCAAUGUUGUUGGACUUAAGAAAUCAUAUGGCUGGAAGGUGAUUGUUGACAGAACGCCACCUACAGUGGAAAGCCUUGACGUGGUUACAAGCACGAUUCCAGGUGUCAUAAAUGAUCAUCAUCAGCAAUGCCAGCUACCAAGUGGUUAUGUUGAAGUCAAACUGAACAAAGUUGAAGACAAAGAAACAGAUAUCGAUGAAAAAAGAUAUGAACUUGCUAUCGGAAGCUCAGCUUAUGGGACGGAUUUUCUAGUAUUUACGCCAAUCGAGAAAUCGUCAAGUUCUCUUUUUUUCAUGGACGGUUUCUUUUUGCCAGCUGGUGUGACUUUCUAUGCAACAUUGAGAAUAUAUAACAUCGCAGGACUGAAAACGGAGGUUUCGUCCAAAAGUGUUGUUGUAAGUCAAACACCAUACCUCUCAGUCCAGGACGGAGAUCAAUACGAGGACAUUGACUACCAAUCAUUGCCAAAUUUAAUACAAGGCACUUGGAAAUAUUCAGACAACUGUCCUAUUUUAGAUGCAAAAUGGUCAGUAGAAAACAUAGCUGGAAAAGUUUUGUUCGACUUUAUUCCCAUACCCAAUUCUGAUAGAGUGUUCUAUAACGAUGAGGUUCGAUUAGAAAAUGGUAUUAAGUAUAUUGUAACCGUCCAAACAAUAGACGCACUAGGAAGAAAAAGAAAGGCUCAAUCUGAUGGAGUUUCAAUACGAAUACAACCUCCAUACCCGGGAUCAGUCCGAGAUGGUUUGGAUUUGGAUUUGAACUAUCAAUUUAGUACAUCAGAUCUUUCUUCGAACUGGGAUUACUUUGGUGAUGGCUCUAACGAUCCUACACAAAGCAUUACGCGAUAUGAAAUAGCCAUAGGAAACGACAGGCGAUAUUCUAAGACACGUUCCAAUGUCCAUUACUUUGUAAAUGUUGGUCUGAAUACUGCUUAUACUUUCACAAACCUCAACUUGACUUCAAAAUUGAUAAGAUAUUACAUCACUGUUCGUGGAUUUAGCCAAGCCGGGGGAUUUGUAGAAGGAUACAGUAAUGGAAUACGUGUUGGAUUUGACGAUGACAUUAUCCCAGGAAUUGUUUCAGUUAAUAAAUACCAAUAUUCUACAAAUAAAAUGGCAGUUUCAUAUUAUGGAUUUCAGUCUGACAUUGCAAUUAUUGACUACAAAGUGGCAAUUAGCAGUCAUGGUGAAAUCAUAACAAAUGAUACGAUAAAGUGCAUUGCGAUCACGAGGAACACAUCCAUGUACGAUGUCAGCAGUUUGCAAAGUUACGGUUUGAAUGAAUAUGUGGAAAUUGAUGAGCUACAAUUAGUUCAUGGUGGUUCGUACUUUGUAUCAGUCGUGGCUGAGGACGAAGCAGGAAUGUGCAUUGUAGUCAAAGGCGGUCCGGUCUUUAUUGACGGAACUCCACCGCAAAAAGGACAGUUGUAUAUUAAUGGAAUUAAUCCCACAAUGAUUGUCUACCUUAGACUUCAUUCUGAAAUGCAUAUUGAAUGGACCGGAUUUGUGGAUAUCGACUCAGGUAUUCGUUCUGCACAUGUACGAUUGUUUGAAUGUGAUCAAUGCUUUAACACUACUAUUUCAAGCGAAUCAUGCUACCUGAUAGAUGAAAGUUUUGUUUUCAACGACACAAAGGCCGCCUUUUAUGAGCUUGAUUUGUAUUUUGAAAAGGCAUAUUACAUUGGUUUGGAGGUCACAAAUAAAGCUAAUAUAAGCACCACAUCCCAGAGUUCAACAAUCUUGAUUGAUGAAUCGCCACCGCUUUUAGGCGAAGUAAAAAUAACAGAGGAUUGGAAAAGCGAAGCAACAUUCCAGCAUUCAAGAUCAACAUUAUCAGGGUUUGUCCCUAUUGCUAUGACUGAGGAGGAUUUUCAGUGUAAAAAUCAGUUUCAAUACUUUCCCGUUAUUGGGUCGGACAAAGUGACAAAUAUACUUGAUGAAUUUAGCGACGACUUUUUAGUUAUCAAUGCCACCGGUGCGUAUUUGGGUAUUGGUUACAGUUCAGAUCUCUUAAAUAUGACGAAAACUGGUAUUUUAUCAGAAAAGAUCUCUCUACAAAAUGGAAAUUACACAUUCAGUGUUAGAGCGGCUAUUGGAGAUCAAAUUAUUACAACUAUUGCUGUGAUAACCGACCCGGUCGCAAUAUCAUAUGAAGUUACAGAAAAACCUGUAGAGGUCUUUUUUAACUUUAGUGCUUUCGAGAACAUUACCGGACUGUUAGCAUAUAAUUCUACUGACAGUGGAGAUAUAAAUACAACUACGGCUUCUUUACCAAGAUCGUUUAAACCAAAUAAUAAUAAUAAUACUGGUGAAGGAACGGCUAAUUUUGAGGCAGAAGAAUACGGCUUUGGAGUACACAUUCUUGGAUACAUGAUAGGUGAUAACGAAUACUAUCACCAUGUGUUUUGGGCUAAAAACAAAUUUGAAACAGUAAACCGAUGGUUUCAAACGACAAAGACACGAGAUCAAAUUCAUGAGUAUGUAAUAAACGUCAAAAAAAUGUCUAAAUACCUAACAGAUACCGUAGAUCUGUCAUUGAUUGUAGACGGCGAGGAAAAGGAAACGCUAUCUGGUUUCAACUUUUAUGGAGAUGUGAACCUUGCAGCGCUUACUUGGAAUGAAGACAACUAUAUGCCACCAUUAGAUAUAUACAAACCAUUUUAUUCCGAUGCCGUCAUUAGAGCAAUAAAUGUUCCAGAUAAUCGGGACAAGCUGUGCCGCUAUGGAAGAGCUUUCUAUGACGGACAAAGCGGAAUCAAAGAGUUGUGGAUUGGCGUGUCUGAUAAUGUCAAAGAGAUGGGCAAUAUUCUUCCUCUGUCUUUAUAUAAGAAAUUCUGCUUUUCUUGCAUUAAACCUUGUGAUAAAAUCUGCAAAGAAAACUGUGCCGAUGAAAUUCUCUCAAAUGGUUUUAAUCUUGUUGCAGUCGAAGUUAACGGAUUAGACAUGGACGCAAUCAAUAUGAAUUCUACAUGUGUGAAUAUUUCGAGUGAGGAACAGUGCAACAGUACAUCUUAUUACAUCAACGCAAAGCUAGUCAACUUUGCAGGGGAAGAAACAACUGCUUUUUCAAAUGCAAUACAAAUUGACACAACGCCGCCACAAUGCUUUUAUGUUGAAUGUACUGACCCAAAUUAUAAUGUAGACCAACCGACAAAGUAUCUAGGUUCCAGUUCAGCAAUUGGGGCUUUUUGGAACUGUACAGAAAAGGAAAGUCUCAUUGUUAGGCAUAAAGUCGAAAUUGUAGAUAUUACUAAUGGCGACAUUGUUAUGAAUAGCACUGAUGUCGGGCUUAAAACCAGAGUACGAUUCGAUCUUGCAAACGAUACAUUUGAAGAUGGCAGUGAUUACGAGGUCUUAGUUACUGUUAUAAAUAGUGCUGGGCUUACGUUGAAGACUUCAUGCAAAGUCCAAGUUAAUCUUUAUCCGCCAGAUGUGUCCGCCGUCGUUUCAGAACCUUUGUACACGGAUUGGACGACACAUUCAGAGAUGGAGAUGCCAUACUGGACUGAUUCCCAAACCAACAUCGGUAUACAAUGGUCUGGAGGGACAUCGGAUACAGAGUUUUACGAAUGGCAGAUCGGAACAAAACCGGACGGAUCAGAUUUAUUUCCAUCGUCCAAAGUUGGUAUUAACUCUACAGGAUCAUCCGCGAUCGUUCAUGGAAAAGUGCACUACAACAGCAAGUACAUCAACAAAACUGUGUCCGAAUAUCGCAACAUUACCAAUAUGACGCAGGAACAAAUUCAAAACCUUACCUCGGCCAGUGAAAAGGAGAAGUCCUUCUUCAACAUGGAACCAGGAAGAUGCCUAUAUCAGUCUCUGUACGCGCGGGGAUAUUCACAUCUCAGCAGUAAAAUAAAUGAGAGUAUUGUUUGUGUCAAACGACCCGGUGAUGUAUAUUUAAACGGAGCUAAAGACAAAUUGGUUAUUAGGGCGCACAAGAUGAAGUCAUCUACAUCUUGGGACACAUCUGACCCAACUACAUCCCCGGAGAUUACUGUUGACGCAAGCUUAACUGGAGGCGGCCUGACAGUGGGAACAAUCACGCAGUCGGACCAGGAUGAAGUAUACGGCAGCGCGGCCACUUCGGAGUACAAGCCCUACAUUUCUAACAUUCAAACCACUCUACAGCAAACAUCGAGACUCUUGCAGAAACGAAUACAGCGUCUUUGCAACGUAACGUUCUUCCUGACGCCGUCACCCGUAGCCAAAGUUACAGAUGUCACCAUCAAUACGAUAGUGCCAGUGGGAUGUGAAAAAGACUUUUACUAUCAACCGGCCCUUGUAUACUGGGACAAAAAUGAAGAGCAAUGGGUCCAUAUCGAUGAAGGAUGCAAUGAGUACCUGUCGGCAAACGUUAAUUUGUCACGGUAUAAUUCAACAAUCUGUGGAUUAUCAAGAAAUAACACAUCCACCCGUAAGCGUCGAGCGACAUCGUUUGAAAUCGAUGAACCAAGACAAUACAGUCUUGUUCUGAUAACAAAAAGGUAUCAAAAUUCACCACCGAAAAUUAUCACGGACAACAUCUACUUUAUUGAAGACGAAACGAGCGCAUUUGAUAUUGAAACAUCUGAUGCAGAAAACGAUGUUCUAAGCUACAGAAUUGUGGACAAGCCAAGCAAUAUUGAUUGCAAUAUAACCUCCAUCGGAAAACUAGAAUGUAUUCCCGAAGACGACUUUUAUGGCAAUGUUACUGUAACGGUCGAAGUCGUUGAAGAAGAGUUGCCAUUUUUUGUAGAUCCUUACUCAGAGAGGAAGAAGUUGAGAAUUGGCAUACAGAACGUCCCAGACAAAACCGACCGUUUCUUUAUAGACCUAAAUGAAACUUGGCAUGAGGAAAAACGACCGUCCAUGAAACAAACAGUCAUAACAAAUGCAAACCGGUCUGCUUCUCUUUAUGUUGGAAAGAUACUUCUCGCGGAUGUAGAUGGCGGUGAAAGAUUCUCAACAAUUUCACGAUUUACUUCUCUUGGAAAUUCGUCAUUUUCUCUAAAUGCCAAUGAUCCGGAAUCAAUUCCAGUUCAAAACUACACUACCAAAAAUUAUCGGUCAAAGGCAGCCUACAACGUUGAUUUUGAAUUCAGUCCAAACCUUAAAGGAAAAAUGGUCCUAGAUUUUAUUGCCCAAACGGAUGAUUUAAGUUAUACCCCUGGAGUUACGAUAAGUUUGUAUGUCUUGGAGAAUCCUUGUAUCCAUGGUUACUGUAACCACCCAACACUAGGAGAGGAGGCAUGUAAUGACACUGCCCGCUCUGAAUCAUUUGUAGGAUUUGAGUGCGUGUGUUAUCCAGGCUACAUUGACGAGUGGUGCCAGACGGAGAUCGACGAGUGUGCGCAUGAGCCCUGUUUAACCAUGUACGAUUGCGAGGACCUGGUUAACGAUUACCAAUGUAACAUCAAUAUUCUCAAGCUUAUGGCGGCCAUCAUUUGUUCUCUACUUUUCCUGAUACCUGUCGUAUACUUGCUAAGGAGGAUUAUUUUUCUUCAAGACAGAGUGAAUAUAGAAGUGGAUAAUGCCCGUUGGGAAAAUAGCAGAGCUUUUGAACCGAUGACUAAAUGGACGGACAAUCCGCUCAUGUUUAUACACAGAGCGUUACAUCCGCUUCAUCGCAAGAAUAAUGAGGCAGACUUUUCCCUAGACCUUGAUUUAUUUUCGAACACUAUUGCACAGCCUGAAUCAAAGCCGAGGACAUUGACCGAAGAAGAGUUGACCGAAGCCUCUAGAGAGCGGCUCAGUUUAUUUCAGUCAAAUAUAGAAGAAACACACAGGGCCGGACUUAUGAACGCAGGUACCCAGACACUUCAUGAAGCAGAAAGGCAACCGCAAAUUGCUGCUUCUAUUUCUCUACAAGACAUGGAGGCUACAGGCGAAUCGAUGGACGAUUGGGCAGAUAGUACACCCUUUGGUAAAGGCAGAGCAUUGUCUCUGCAUCAUCGCAAGUUCAGUGAGGUAGAGGGUUCCCUAGACCAUGUUAUCUUUGCGAAAAAUCUUGCACAGCCUGAAUCAACGCCAAGCAAUUACUUCGCUGAAGAGUUGACAGAAUUCUCCGCAGAGAGGCUCAAAUCAUUCCAAUCCAAGAAUGAUGACACACAAAGGAAUGGACUGAUGGACGUAGGUAUCGAGAAAUUCAAUAAAGCAUCAGAGCAACCGCGAACCGCUGUUGCUAUUUUCCAAGAAGACAAGGAGGCUACAGACGAGGUGACGCCGAGCAAUUUCUCCGCUGAAGAGAUGACCGAACCGUCUGGAGAGCAGCUAAAAGCGUUCCAGCAUGUGAAAGAAGACGUACCAAUGCAGAGAUUUGCGGUUGAACCACUAAUUAAAAACGAACCAUCGUCUGGAUCAGCGAUUGACGAAAUGUCAUCAGUGGAUGUAACAACAGUAUAAAGAAUUGAGCCGUUGAAGCCGACGAGCAAAUCACCGAAUCCUUCUGUUGCGCUGAAACCGCUUAGUCACGACGCUUUCUAUGGAUGUUGAAGCAAUUGAAACAGGUGUCUCUAAUGGCAGACACCAAAGUUUAAAAGUCGAAUAUGAGUUCCGCAAUUGUCUCUUUAUACAUAUAUACGUUUCGAACCAAAUAACUGUCUCUGCUUUUCUAAGAAGUAUUAACUUUUUUAUGUUGUAAAAUAAUCAAUGAGAUAUGUUGGUAGAAAUAUUUUCUUGUUAUAGUAAGACUCAAAUACGUUUAUCUUUAUACUGUUUAUUUCGUUCUUUUUUUAAAACAGGAUUGCAUAUUCCCAUCAAAAACGGGAAACACGGGAGUUAAACAAAAUGCCACAAACGACGGAAAUUUUAUUGUCAGUGGUCACAAGUUCGAUUUUAUAAAAGUUAAAUGGAAGUGGCUAUAAGCUUGAUAAAAUGCUGAUUUUGUUCUUAUUAUAUGAAAUAGAAUCUGGUUUAAUGAGAAUAACUCUAUUAUAAUACAAAAAUUCAAAUAUGGAAUUAAAUUGGAAUGUGAAGCGUGAACAACCUGAACAAAAACACAAAAUCAAGUAUGGUCUUCAUUACCUGAUAUUAUAACGUUUUAUUAUUCUUUCGUACAGAUAUGUUUCUUUGCUAGGCUUGAGUUGGUAAACUCCUUGUUUACUGUGAAUAAACCUUUCAAUCACA